AUGGGCUGCGUUAUUUCCUGUGGCUUGAAGCUCAUUCUUCAAGUCCUCAAUACCGUCCUCUGUGUGGCCUUCCUGGCCGUCGCAGUGUUUGGAAUUCUACUGAAAUCCUCCAAAUCUAUAGUACAACAGCUGUUGUCAAAGAUUUUCGAUCAAUUUAAUAUCGGUGAUGAAGAUUUACGCCAGUUGGCAAGAUUCGUCACUGAAAACGCAGAUGGCAUCGCUAUAACCCUCGUCGUGGUUGGACUGGGGCUGGCAACUCUCUGCUUCAUAGGGUGCAUUGCUUCGUGUUGUGGGUGCAAUAUACUACUGAAGAUAUAUGCUUUUAUCCUGAUUGUUAUACUUGUCGUAGAGAUAAUCGCCGUAUCCGUAGUCUUUUCUGAUUCCACCAAACUGGCUUCACUGAUUGUUAAAGAAAUGGAAACCCUUCUAGAAUCAUUCAAUGGUACAAGUAAGGAAGAAAAAAUGUCAACUGCUGUCUGGACUGUGGCGAUGACGGGUUCUACGUGCUGCGGCAUGGACGGCUACGGCGAUUUUGAAAAACUGAACAAGUCCCUACCUUUACAAUGCUGCAAUAUGACGGCCAUUUCUUGUGAUUCUAAGACAGCCCAGAGUGUCAGUGUGCCGGGAUGCAGAGACAAAAUUGUCAAAUUUGCCGCAGACAAUAUGAUGACUUUUAUGUAUAUCUCUAUUGCCGCUAUUCUGCUGGAGGGCGCACUCAUCGUAAUUGUGAUGCUCUUAAUUUUCUUGUAA